CGGAUCGGACUCGUGCCCCCACCACCGAAAAAUCUGUUCAUUCCGUUUUCACUACUGCAGGCCAAACGUUACGCACCACUCGUUCCGCAAAGGUUAAGGUGUUUUGUUUGUUUAGAGUGAACAUGGCUGACUCCAAGUUAUUUAUGAGCCCUGAUUUUUUAACAACAUUCAUUGAAGAGUAUCGAAAUUUGCCGUGUUUGUGGAAGGUACGAAGUGCGGAGUAUUCCAACAAGUUUAAACGGGAUACUGCCUGGGAACAUCUCCAAAUUACGAAAGAAAAAAUUCCGAAUGCAGACACUAACUUUGUAAAAAGGAAAGUUGAUAACCUUAGGGCAGCAUUCAGGAAGGAAAUGAGGAAGGUUCGUGACAGCACGAGAAGCGGAGCUUCCGCAGAUGAUACGUACACCCCAACUCUGUGGUAUUUCGAGCUCAUGAAGUUCACCGCAGAGCAGGAGCAGCCUCGAAAGACCAAGAGCAAUUUGGACGAGGACGAAGAAAAUAUUAUUGAAGAGGAAGGCAGUAUUGUUGAGGAGGAAUUAAACGAAGGAGAUGUGAACAAUGGUGAUAACGAACAAACUUUGAAUAGGGGUUCUCCGUCUACAGCUGCAAAAAGAAGAAAAACUUCGCCAAAAAAGAAGAAAACCAAAAAUGAUAGAGCUGAAGAGGAACGGCGCCAGCGUAAGGCUAUUCUAGAAAAGGCUUCCGCUGUACUUAAUCAACCCGAGGACGACUACAACGACCUAGGUAAAACGUAUGCAGCGAAAUUGCGCCGCAUGCCUGCUUCCCAAAGAGACAUUGCGGACAAGUUGAUAACUGAUGUUCUUUUCAAAGGGCUGCAGAACAAUUUAACAAAUUCCACAGUUAUUAUGGAUUAUGGAUAUUCAACUACUAGUUCCUGGCGUGUGAGAGAUACACCUUCUCCUUAUGGUACCUCAAAUAAUUCAACUUACACCACAUCUUCGACUCCUGAACAAGCGAACUAUCCAAUGCAAUCUCAAGAAGAUUAUGCUUUCUUCUGAUAACUUUUCUUUGUUUGUUUAAUUUUGUUUUCAGUUUAACCGUAAUUGUAGUUCAAUCAUAGUUGUCUGUCAAAAACUAGAAUAAACAUGAAAUAAAACUAGAAUAAUUUGAUAAUAAUGUGCAGUAUUCUUACCUUCAAGUAUUCUCCUUUCAAAGUGUUGUAGAUAGCCUUACAGGUCUCAGGUAUUAUUCUACCUAAUGCUUGUGGUGAUAUGAUUGUAGUAAACUUUAAGUCUUCAAACGACCGUCCGGUAGCCAGAAAACGGAGAGUAGCAGUGAGGCGUUCCUCUGGUGAUAUAGCGUUUCGCAGUAUAGUGUCUUUUUUUGUUAUAAGCGGUUUAACCUUGUCCAACAACAUGUUAAAACUUUCAGCUGACAUCCUUAAAUAGUUCUGAUAGUCGCCAAGACUAUCAUUCCUAAUGAAAUUCAAUAAAUUCAUGUGACUAAAUCUCUUUCU